UGUAGUGAAUUCAGUACGGAGAAUGAAAAACACUUGGGAACGCACGAAGAGGCGUUCUCAACACGACUGCCGUGGCAUCGUGUAGUUCAGUUGGAUUUUCAAAGCGAUAGUACCGAGGGAGGAGGGACGCAUGCGUGAAGAGAUCCAGGAGAUGACAAAAUGACGAUGGAGGCUCAAGAAGUAUAUAAUGUUCCAAUCACUGAGCUUGUGACCGCUCUCUUCAAUAUUGAAUGGUCAGAGGACAAUCAGAUAUCCCUACUAACUGAAAGAGGAGUUCACAUAUUUGAGCUGCAGCCGAAUCCAUUAUGCCCCACACCAACGCCGAAAUUUCGGCGAUCCUUCUUAUGGGCCACCGACUACCUACCAACUGAAAUAUUCUCUCCAAUAGUAGAAACAGUUCUCAACAACUGUGAAAGAGAGGACAUGUACGCAUUACUCUUCGAAGAAGCACUUACCCCAAAGUUCCCCGAGAGGACCGAACACGUCCCUCGGAUAAUCCAAGUCGCCUGGUCCCCAGUAAAACUCGUGGAACCCACCAAAUGUCUCCUCGCGACAGUCUCCUCAGCAGGUGCCAUCGACAUGGCUUUCAAAGUGGGAAUAAACUGGUACUCAGUCUCCAACCUCUCACAGAUCUGGUUUGAAAUCAUCAAAGAAGAAAUGGCCUUCGACGUAGAGACCUGCACGCCCGAGGAAAUUCAGGCUGACACCUUUAAAUCCAACUUGAGACGUCUGCAAGGUACUUCAGUAACAUGGAGUGGCCUCUCCAAAGAUUCUGAAGGCACCUUCUCCUACCUGGCAACAGGCUAUCGCAGCUCUGAACUCGUCGUCUGGAGAAUAAGCAAAAUCUCCGAGCUCUCCAUAAAUGUGACCCCAACAAUGAUCUACAGAACGAAAUUCAAGGACCAUGGAAGGAUUUCAAAACUAAUCUGGAUGAGCCUGAAACCUCAAAGACACUUAAUCCUCGUGGGAUUCUUCGAUGGACGAAUGCUCGGUGUCCAAUUAAUCGAAGAUAACAACCAAUUGACUGAAAAUUUCAUUAAAAACUAUGAAGAAUAUCCUGACAGAAUCCCUAUAAACUUCAUCACCACAAGAACAAAAACAACUAGAGGAAAUAUAAUUGGAAUUGCAAAGAAUAUUCACUUCAUCCUAAUUGAGAUCAACGAUGAAGGAGAAGUCGAAGAGAAAAAGCACGUGCAGUUGCCAGGAUUCUCCAUCUCAAGUAUUUUACUCUUAAACGACUCAGAGGCAAUGAUAUCCACCCAGGACAGCGGCCUCCACCACAUAAAAUUGGACUCCACUCCAAUGGAAAAAACUGCGAUAACCCACGACAUGAAAUGUGUGAAAACUCAGUACCUGGGAAUGGCACGAUCCCCCAGUGGUGCGACUUUCGUCAACGUCACGAGCCCCAGCACAACCUAUGACCACUUGUGCAACCGAGAGCCCAGUAAUCUCCAGUUUUUCACACUGAAAUCCCCAGAGUUCGACCCCUGGUGUAGACUGGAGAAAAGCCAAUCGAACCUCCAUGUCUACUGGGAUUGUCUCGAAAUGAUAAGGAUAAGGUCAGCAAAGGCAACAGAUGGUGAGGACCUCUUCCCCAAAAUCCCACAGGAGCUCGACCACUCGUUAUCGACCCACCAGCUACGAGUGAUAAUGUGGCUGACGUUGAUAACAGAGGUUGUUAAAAAGAAAAAAUUCAUUAAGAAAAUUGAUAAUGUGGUUGGAGAGAUUUCUGAGGCCCAACCCCUGAUUUUCGUCCACACAAUCUCCAACCAUAUGAUUAAAUUGGCGAGGAAGAAGGUGCUGAGUGAUAAUCAUCGUCUGAGUAUUCAUUUUUUGAGGCUUUAUCUGGAGGUUUUCCUCGCUGGAGAGGAGGACGAGAGCAAUCAGAAUAGUCACGCGAUAAGACAUGCUAAGGAGGCGAUGAAUGCAACGUCCAAAGUGGAUCUGAUUGAGGCUGAACCUUGUAAUUUGUGUGGGGAAAUCGUUACUGAACUUCCCUGGAACACUUCGAGCUGUCCCAGGGGCCAUCAGCUGCCUCGUUGUGCUCUUACACUUCUGCAGAUCACUUCGUUGAAGUACAAGAGUUGUCCGGUUUGUGGGAGGAUUUUUCAUCCUCUGUUGGAUGAGGAGUACGAGGAGAUGAAGUGUCUCUACUGUGAUGUUCCUGUGGUGUUUGAUACCAGGGUUGUUGGAAUUUAUGAUGAGGUUGAGGAGAAGGGGAAGAAUCUGUCGGUGAAACCUAUCUGGGAUAUACCGAUUUAUAAGAGGUUCGAGGGGGAGGGAGGGGAGAAGGAAAAGGGUAAUGAGGGCAGGGAGGAGGGUGUUGAGGGAGGUGAGGGUAAGGCAGAGAGAGCUGUGGGCAAGAGGGAGAGCAGUGCACGUAAGCGCAAGAGGAAGCGGAUGAAGUCGCCGACGCUCGAUGCUGUUAACGACACAAACAAUGGGAUUUUGACAGAGACUGGGGCAAAUGUAAAUUUGUGAAUAAAGUUUUGUGUUUGUUGAUAAA